GCGACGCGUCGCGGUCGCAGAGGAAAAGCGUCGGUCGAGUUGUUUUUGCCGCACACUCAGAUUGUCAACCCGGUUUCGCGUGGUGGGUGUUGUGUGGAAGGGAUGUGGUGCACCUCCUUGCCGAACUCCUUUGCAUUUCACUCUGGUCCACAUAUCGGCGGCACUUUCACGACCGCCCUGCGAAGGUGGAAAAGCGGCGGGCAAGUGGGUGGCGGUGUUUUCAUUAUUGCCUCACAAUGGCAACGCAUCGGUCGGCAUUGCGUCGCAAUAAACCCACUUCGAUGGCAUCGGCAGCGCUUCUAGUUGGAUAUAUAAAAGCAUAAUUGCUGCGAGCCAGAGGCUUAAUUCGAAACAGGAAGCUGAAGUGUCAACAAUUCGCCAAAUAAAACAAAAUUCAUAAAAUAAUAAAGAAUUUUGAAAUCGACCAAUAAAUAUUAGAUAAAACAUUUCAUCAAUAAAUAUGAAUCAAAAUAAUAACAAAUAAGUGCUAAAUAAACAAAAUAAACGUUCAAAUCAAUGCUUUAAAAAUAAAUCGUUAAGAAUUACCAACAAAUAUUUGCCAAAUAUAAGUGUUUUAAAUAAAUAUAAAUAUUUAAUAUUUGAUAUACAUUUUUUUAACUGUGCGUAUACUUAAUAUUCCUAAGAAUAAACUAAAAGCUUAAGAAGAAAUAUUAACCAGUUGUUCUCCUAAAAUGGUUUCGAAUACAAAAUAAAAAUAUAAAAAAUCAAAGAAAUAAGAAAACCUUGUUUCAUCCAACGACUAUUGUUCCUGGCGUCUGCAAUGAAUGCCACCUCGCCAAAGUCAUCGCUGGUCAAGUUGGGCCUGCAUACCAACAAACAAAAGACCCUGAAGGUUAUGGUCCUGGGCCAAAGUGGCGUGGGAAAAACGGCCAUGGUGGUGCGUUUCAUUACCCGACGCUUUAUUGGCGAAUAUGAUCCUAAUCUGGAGAAGAUUUACACCUGCCAAACCACGCUGGACAAGGAGCCCAUUCAGUUUGACAUUCUGGAUGCCACCGGCCACCUGCAAGAACUAGAUGGCGUUAGUUUGGAGUCCAACAUCCGCUGGGCCGACGCCUUUAUCCUAAUGUAUUCCAUCACAGACAAGUGUUCCUUCGAUGAGUGCAGUCGUUUGAAGUUCCUUAUAAACUACAACAAACGAAGACGCAAGUUGGGCUCGGCCAGCAAAGACUACAUAUUGGAUAUUCCUGUAAUUUUGGUGGGCAACAAGACAGAUCAGCCCGGAGAUCGAAUGGUCACCUUGGAAGAGGGUCAACGGAGGUUCAAAGAGCUAUCCUGCGCCUGUUUUCAUGAGGUGUCUGUGAGGGAAAGUGUGGAUCAGGUUCAGAACGUAUUUCGCGACGUAUUUCGCUUUUGGCGGGUCUUCAGUAAAUUCCCCAAGCUCAAGCGCUCCACUAGCGAUGUGGCCAACACGGAUGGUAUCCUUACCCCCGAUUCGGGAUCUUGUUCCUUCUACGAUGCCUCGUCCUUGGGCGCCGGUCGACGUUCCUUUCUGGUCAUUGGAAGCGCCUGUUUGGAGGAGAGCAGUGGGGACCACACGGAGUCCACGGAUGAGAUUGCGAGCAGUAGUUUGAGCAGCUCGCGCAGCGAUAUCGAAGCCCCCUUCCGAAGUAGAGCUUCGACGGAUGGUACUCUGUUGUCCCGACCCCGGAGAUGGCGAUAUCCACCGCCAGGAUGCCUGCUGCCACACACAAAUCGCGUCGAGCGACGGAUGAGCAUUUCCACCAGGGGCAGCAACGCCAGUUAUUGAGAGGGGGAUUUUAGUCCGGGUAGGGUCGAGCUUAGUUAGUCAAAAUGUAGUGACAAAUAUAUAGCUAGAUGUUAUUGUCAUGGAAA